UUGACCCGGUGGCGAGGCGUCGCGAGCACGCACUACUGCCUCGUGUCCCAGGGGGUCCCAGGCCGGAAAGUUUGGGACGCACCGCCCCGGCUUGCAGGCUCCAGAACGCGCACUCUCACGGCGGCCCUGGUCCGACAUGCCCCGGAACAAAUGCUUAAUAAUUAAUUGUGCUUUUCAUUGAGUCUGCCUCUUUGACAGUUUUGUUUCUCUUUAAUCAGCCAACAGAUAAAUAAUUAGUAUUAGUGAGUUCGCAAAAGAGGAAACCAGUUACUGAGGCUUGGUGGAUCACCAGGUGGAUUAAAACAUUUGACCCAAGACUCCCAUGUUUUGUUUUGUUUUUUAUGGUUGCACUGCAUCAAAUUGCAUCUUUCCAGACAAUUUAAAGUUAUGUUCUCUUUAAACAACACUUGGUUCACACAGCGUGAGUUUGCACUGAUGGGGUCAAAGAGAUUAAAUAUAUGAGAGAAUGUAGAAUAUUUAUACUAGAGAGAAGAAACCAAGAUACUUUUGAGGCGGUGCUGCAUAGAAAAAAGAGGCUUAGGUUUCUUAAGAACUCCAGUUGAUAUAUUUCUGGAGCCUCUUAUGUAACUGGUUCAUUUUAACUUCAUGGAAAAGAAGCGUGGUUUGAGGCCGAUGCCGUGAACGACUUGAACUCAGCCCCCAGCCAUCGGACGUGCGUUAAAACGAUCCCCCCCCCGUAUCCAUCGCACGCCGCUGUGCAUUUCUCUGAGUAGAGGGUGACUCAUUCGUUCAGCUCGCACACCCAUUACCGAGAGAGGGAGAGAGGGAGAGAGCAGCAACCACCUACCACUGUGCCAAACUUGAGGCCAGCCUCUCUCCUCUCCUCCCGGCUCAUUCUUUCCUACAUGGGCACUCACAGAUGAGUUUGCAGACAGCGCAGUAAAGAGACCGAAGCUGUGCCGGAGGAGAACAAAGACGCUCGGAUCACAAGUUGACAAAGAAUAAAUUAACAGACAAACGUCUACAAAUAUCCUCGGAGCAGAGUUUUCUCUUCUGACCGGCUUCAAAAAGAAAAGGAAACUGAUUCAUAUUCAGAAAAGUGGAUGACCACGUCUGUUCCUACAACAAAAGCAGAUACGCGCGAUGGCGACGCCCAAACACACUCCCCGAGGUGCAAACACACCACUGUCCCCCAACCGUAUCACCCGGCUCCAGGAGAAGGAGGACCUGUGCAACCUCAACGAUCGCCUGGCCGUCUACAUCGACAAGGUCCGCUCUCUGGAGGCUGAGAAUGCCGGUCUGCGUCUGCGCAUCACAGAGUCCGAGACGGAGGUCAGCCGGGAGCUGACGGGCCUGAAGGGCGCCUACGAGACCGAGCUGGCCGAUGCCCGUCAGACGCUGGACUCCGUGGCCAAAGAGCGAGCACGUCUGCAGCUGGAGCUGGGCAAGACGAGAGAGGACUACAAGGAGCUGAAAGCCAGGAACACCAAAAAGGAGUCAGAGCUGGCAGGAGCGCAGCAGAGACUCAAAGAUCUGGAGGCUCUGCUGAACUCGAAGGAUGCCUCCUUGACUACAGCUCUGGGAGAGAAGCGUAACCUCGAGGUGGAGAACAGGGACCUGAAGGCCCAGGUUGCCAAGCUGGACAACAGUUUGGGCGACGCCAAGAAGCAGCUACAGGAUGAGAUGCUGAGGAGGGUGGACGGAGAGAAUCGCAUCCAGACUCUCAAAGAGGAGCUGGAGUUUCAGAAGAACCUCCACUCUGAGGAACUGCGGGAGACGAAGCGGCGUCAUGAGUCUCGUAUGGUCGAGUUGGACAACGGCCACCAGCAGGAGUUUGAAAGCAAGCUGACCGAGGCGCUGGUGGAGAUGCGCAACCAGCACGAACUGCAGAUCACAAUGUACAAGGAUGACAUUGGGAAGACCUACAAUGCCAAGCUGGAAAAUGCUCGCCAGUCGGCGGACAGGAGCAGCCACCUGGUGGGCGCAGCACAUGAGGAGCUCCAGGAGACACGAGUCCGCCUGGAGUCCAUGUCGGCUCAGCUCAGCCAGCUGCAGAAGCAGCUGGCGGCCCGUGAGGCGAAGGUGAGGGACCUGGAGGAUGCCCUGUCCCGGGAGCGGGACACCACACGUCGCCUUCUGGGAGACAAAGACAGAGAAAUGGCCGAGAUGAGGCAGCGGAUGCAGCAACAGCUGGAUGAGUAUCAAGAGCUCCUGGAUGUCAAGCUGGCUCUGGAUAUGGAGAUUUGCGCGUACAGGAAGCUGCUGGAGGGAGAGGAGCAGAGGCUACGCCUGUCCCCCAGCCCCCCGCCCACCAGGGUGACGGGAAGCCGCUCCUCCGCUUCAGCAGCUCACUCUCGAACGGUCCACUGCAGCGCUCAGAGCUCGCCGACCAAGAGGCGCCGCCCCAACGACACCGACAGCGAGGCCUCCAGCUUUGCGGGAGGAGCUGUGGCUCGCACCCGCAUCACCCAGCAAGCAUCGGCCAGCGGACGUGUCACCGUGGACGAGGUGGACCUGGAUGGGAAAUAUGUCAGACUCAGCAACAAAUCCGAUGAGGAUCAGAAUUUAGGGAACUGGCAAGUGAAGCGGCAGGUUGGGUCUGGUUCACCCAUCAUCUUCAAGUUCCCGGCUAAAUUCACCUUGAAGGCCGGGCAGAGGGUCACGAUCUGGGCGUCUGGUGCUGGCGGAGCCCACAAUCCUCCCUCUGACCUAGUGUGGAAGACUCAGCCCUCCUGGGGCACCGGAGAUUUGUUCCAGACCACUCUGAUCAGUGCCAACAAUGAGGAAAUGGCAAUGAGGAAAGUCACCCGCACACAGUUUGAAGAGGAAGACGAUGACAUGCAGGUGGCUCACAGCACUUGUGGGGACGGCGAAUACAACCUGCGGAGCCGGACCGUGGUCUGCGGCUCCUGCGGACUUCCUUCAGAAAAAUCCAGCAACUGCUCUGUGAGCUCGGCUUCGCGCUCCUUCCGCAGCGGCGGCGGCAUCUCCGAGGGUUUGCUGCCGCACUCCUACGUGUUCAGCACCAGCACUCCUCGCCCGACUGGAGUCAGAAUGGAGAGCUGUCCAAUCAUGUGAACCCCUGGAUCCAUGUUGAAACACUUAAAACUCCAUUAGUUUUUCACUUAUUAGUUCUUUAGUUAGCAGUUGUAGUUAUUAAGUUCAGUUCCUGUACUUUGAAGUAAUUUUCAAGAUGCUUUAUGCAAAAAAAAACUUUAUACCGCUUUUUUAUAAUGUACAUAGGCAUGCAUAUGAAAUAUUUUCUUGAAUUUAAAUGGUGAUCGAAGCAGUCACUUCUAUUUGUUUUGGCGACAUUAAGAACUGGAAACUACCAGUUUUCCACAUGACAGUAAAAGAAGAAUCUACCAGCUAUUUAAAACACAUUAACAGCUUAAAACAACUAUAUGGGCUAAUUUAUUCUAAAAGUCGUGUGUUUACUGGUAAAUAAAUAGUGGGUGACUGUUAGAUAAAAUCAUAUUUUCUUAUACUAUUCACAGUUAAGUCAGAUUUUCAUUAUGCCCUGUGAACAUUCUUGACGCAGCAGGAUUGCAGUGAAUUCAUUUGUGUUCAAUUAUUUUGAAAAAUACAUUUAUUUUGGAGGUGAAUUUUCUCCCCGAGUUAAAGUAAAUUUACCAGGACUUUGCUACAGAUCUAGAGAAUAUUUUCUGUUUUU